GGGCACGCAGGCGCCCAAGGACCACGCCGCUGCCCGCCCGCCGUUGGAGGCCCAAACAGCGGGAGUGAGGAGCCUGAGGGCCAGCUGGUCCUGGGCUCCUUGCUACCUAAGUGAUGACCUCUGGGAAGGGUCUGGCAACCUGGCUCUGAGGGCGCCAGCCAGCUGAGAUCUGCCUCUUAAGCCGGGACCGCGCGGAGAACACCUUAUAGCCUGGGCCUGAGAGGGAGACACUCGAUCCUUGGGACCUUAAACAAGUAAAAUGAGGGAAGUGUGCAAAUAAAGAUAUCACCAAAGAUUAGAGACACAAUCAUCCAGAAGAAAUGCUGUUAAUAUGGCUCCAUGUGUGUGUUCAAAAAUCUCUACAGCAGAUACACUUGUGUUAGGGACUAUCCAGAUUUUGCUUGGCAUCUUUCAUGUUCUCAUGUGGUAUUUCCUAUUGAUUUUGUAUAUGGGACAGAUUCGAGGAGUCUUUGGGACAUAUGAACCUCUAACGUACAGAGUAGGAUGUACUUUAUGGGGAAUUUUUUUUAUCAUUUCAGGAGCUGUCUUAAUAAAAGUAGCAAAGCAUCCAACUCCUAGCCUGGUUACAGUCUCUUUGAUCUUGAACAUCACCUGCAUAAUUACUGUAAUUGUUGCAGUAAUUUUAACAAUAAUCGAGUUGUCUAGUUUUCAUUCUGUGUCAUAUAGGAAUUAUGGACAAGCAAAACUUGGGAGGGAAGUUUCACGUAUUUUACUGUUCUCCUACUUCUUGGAGUUAGCUGUUGCAUUUACAUACUCGAUCUUCGGCUGUAUUGAUUUGGGUCAGGAGAGUAGUAGUCUUGCAACUGUUGCAGAGGAAGCUGAAAGCGCUUUUUAAAAACCUUGGAAAUGUGAGAACUUUCCUGAUCCCCAGACCUAACGUGGGUCCUAAUGAUAUCUCUGUAUAAUAAAGCUGCUACAAAGCCCACUGAUUGUGUGCAAAAUAAAAUACAAAACAAAAGUGGA